AUGACAUGGCUCUCGUCGGAAAGCGACAUCCCGCCUGAGAGCGAAGCACUUGUCGAAGAAUCCAGCGGUGAUAGGGCAGACGUUCCACAAAAGGAAGCACCCCAAACCCACACCCCGCAGCAUGAGGCUCGGAGCGUGGAGAGGGAGGAAGUCCAAGGCCCUCUAAGCAGGACGAAGAACCACGACAAAGGACUGGCGACACCUGCUGUGCGACAUCUCAUCAAGGAACACAACGUUAAAGUCGAAGACAUCAAUGGAAGCGGCAAAGAUGGAAGAGUGUUGAAGGAAGACGUCCAUCGCCACGUCUCACAGGCCACUCGGAACUCAACGCAGCAAGGACCUGUGAAAGACCAGAAGAAGCCUCUGACACCGGUGCAAUCGGCCAUGUUCAAGACCAUGACCCGAUCACUCACGAUACCACACUUCUUGUAUUCGAGCAUGGUCGACACUGGCAAUCUUAACAGAUUCCGUGUGAAGAUCAACAACACACGAGAGGCUGGAAACAAACUGACGCCGCUGCCUUUCAUACUGAAAGCAAUAUCACUUGCAAUGGGACACCAUCCGCUGCUCAACGCCUGGUUGGACACAUCAGAUCCCAAANAACCUGAGUUGAGUUACAAAGCGGCACAUGACUUUGGAAUCGCAGUGGAUACACCUUCCGGUUUGCUGGUUCCGGUCAUCAGGAAUGUCGAAUCACAAAGUGUAGGAUCCAUCGCAGAGCAGAUUAAGAUCAUAUCAGGUAAAGCACGCGAGGGCAAGUUGGGUCCGAAAGACCUCCAAGGACCAACAUUCUCAGUGUCGAAUAUCGGAUCUAUUGGUGGUGGGGUUGUUGCACCGAUUAUCGUGGAACCUCAGGUGGCCAUUGUGGGGGUCGGAAGAGCGAAAGUGGUGCCAGGCUUUGACGAGGAAGGGAAUUUGGUCAAGAAGGAAGAGAUGGUGUUGAGCUGGAGUGCAGAUCACCGAGUCGUAGAUGGAGCAGAAUGUGCCAGAUGCGCUGAAAGGGUGAACUGGUAUCUGCAGAACAUGGAGGCAUGGGUUCUGGCAAUGAAGUAG